CAUGUCCCUCUUGUCUCUGUUUGCUUCUCAGUCUAGUUGUAGAACCAAAGCCUCGGGUCGCUCUAUCGAGCGAGUGCCUCAAUGGAUAACAAUACUUCAAUUGGUAUCCAAGCAGUGCUGCUUAUUUUAGCACUAGUGGUACUGGUCCUACGAUGCUGGGCGAAUUAUCUAAUGAAGCAGGCUUUAUUCAGCGUGCCUGAUAUUCUCGCAUGGCUGGGUUGGGUUUUUAGCUUAGGAUGGUUUAUCUGCUCGACUCUUGCACUUCGAAUUCUUAUCGAUAAUCCUGCAGUUGGCUCUGAACUUAUAGUUAACUCAGUAGAAUACUUAAAGAUAGUAUUAGUAGCGGAGUACUUUUUCGACACUGGGAUUUACUUCCCCAAGAUAUCUAUCGUCUUGUUUUAUUGGAAGCUAAUUCCUGGGAUUUUGGGAUCAUUGAGACGCGUAUUGCUUGCAAUCUCGAUUUAUCUUGGUUGCGCUUUGCUUACAUCAGUGCUUGUAAACACUCUUAUUUGCGUACCUUUUUCUGAUAAUUGGUCUAUCGAAAACCAGCUAAAGUCAGCAUGGAACUCAUAUGCUUCUUUUUGUGUUCAAUGGGGUCUCAACUUCUCAACGGAUCUACUUAUCUUUUUCUACCCCUUCUUUCUGCUUAAACACUUAAAGCUUCACAGAAAACAACAGAUCGCCCUUAUUGGGAUCUUUUCUUUAGGUGCUAUCACGUUGAUAGUUAGCCUGUCCCGGUUUAUUGCAUAUAAUGCGACUGAUUUUGAGCUUGACGACCAAUCUGGCAAUACCUUAUCUCUCGCCGAGAUGAGCACCGCCGUUAUCGUUGUGUGCCUCCCUGGCCUUCGAAGAUUUAUUAUGCGAUCUAAAACAUCUACAAAUCGCUCCUCGUCGAACCAGCCCAGCGGCUACGGUGUCCACACAAAGAUCACCGGAAGAGGCCAGAAUACCGACACAUCUAAAGGACAAAUCCCGCCAUCGCAGUACGCUAAAUGGGGCGUAAGAGAUGAUGAGAUCGAGUUGGUAACUCACAUUCGCGUUUCCCACGAACUGGUCAAUCCAGAUGAUACUCGCAGCGCGAGCGGACAAAGCGCAAUCAGUCAGAAUUUUAAAGUAUAGUGUUACGAAUAUUUGAGUUUGGCGUUGGAGGAAACGUAACGUGUAUGACAAGCGAGGGAGCAAAAAAACCCUCAUUCCCUGAUCUUCUUAAGUGCUCGAUCAAAUUAUUGACUACCGAAUGUAUCAUAAUUAAAUAUAGAGGCGGAUAUCCUUCUUGCAUUUUGGGUCCUCUAAAAUAGCUUAAGGUUAAGGAUCUAGAGAGUUG